AUGUCCGAGGUCAUCGAUACAGACUCAUUGGCUACUCGUAGACGUAUUCUCGAAGAAUUCGAGAAAGUACAGGAACAAAUCGCAACGAACCCAGAAUUAUGGAGAAAAUUGAGUUUCAAAGCUCACGAAAAGUUGUGUAAAGUGUUGGGAGCUGAUUUCAUUGACUAUCCGGAAUUCGAAUUCUGGUUCUCAAGAUUCGUUCGAGGAGAUUUAGAAUUGGAUUAUGAUAGAAGAUUGCAACUCCGUGAUGUGUGCAAGGAUAUUCGAGCUCACGUCGAUAACUGGGAUCCGAAAGUUACCGAGAUUUCCUAUAGCAGAGUGAAUGCUUUUGACCUUUAUCUGAAGUCAAGACCCGAACCGUUUUGUUCACGCGGUACUGGUUUCUAUCGGGAUCCAAAUUCUUUCGUGAUGAAUGUGCUGAAACACCCGAAACUUCGAUUGGAAAAAUUGACGGUUUAUAGGACAGAUAACUGUUGGAUGAAAUUGAUUAAACAGCUGGAAGAAUCAAAUCGGAAACUUCAUGUGAAGAAGAUCGAAUUUGCCCGUCAUUACACUCCAUCUAAAAUCGAUUUACACUUUAUGAUUCCCGGAGUUCUUGAAGAAAUCAAAAUGUUUCUCAGGGAUCCAUACAGCGACCAAUUAUAUGAAAUUAUUAAAUCGGAGCAAUGUCAAUCAGCUAAAAUGGUCCAUAUUGCUAGUACGACUUCCACUUCUAGAUUUCCAUUGGAUGCUCUGUUCAAUUGCUCACGAUUCACUCUGCGACUCUCUAAACCUGCAGACGGUUUGAAAGCGGCAUUUCUCAAAAAACUCAUGAAGAAAAGCAAAGUACAAGAAUGCGUUCUCUACGCUGAUAGCCAAAUCAUGAAGUAUUUCAAUGAAACGGAGGCUAUGGUUCCGAACUUCCCGUCGCUUCGUCGUUACCCCAUUCCUGGAACCAACGAUUUCUACGAACUAGAAUAUCAAGGAGAUGUCUUGCAAACCUUCAAAAUGUCCGAGGCCAUCGAUACUGAUUCAUUGGCUAUUCGUAGACGAAUUCUCGAAGAAUUCGAGAAAGUACAGACACAAAUUGCAACAAAUCCGGAAUCGUGGAGAAAAUUGAGUUUCAAAGCUCACGAAAAGUUGUGUAAAGUGUUGGGAGCUGAUUUCAUUGACUAUCCGGAAUUCGAAUUCUGGUUCUCGAGAUUUCUUCGAGGAAAUUUAGAAUUGGAUUAUGAUAGAAGUUCCGAUCCGAAAACCCGCUCAUUCACCGACUUGCCACUAGAAAUUUUUGAAAACGUUGGCGAAUACUUGGAGCUACAUGAAAGAUUGCAACUCCGUGAUGUGUGCAAGGAUAUUCGAGCUCACGUCGAUAACUGGGAUCCGAAAGUUACCAAGAUUUCCUAUAGCAGAGUGAAUUCUUUUGACCUUUAUCUGAAGUCAAGACCCGAACCGUUUUGUUCACGCGGUACUGGUUUCUAUCGGGAUCCAAAUUCUUUCGUGAUGAGUGUGCUGAAACACCCGAAACUUCGAUUGGAGAAAUUGGAGAUUUAUGCGAAAGAUGACAAUUGGAAGGAAUUCAUCAAAGAACUGGACGAAUCGAAUCGAAAACUUCAUGUGAAGAAGAUCGAAUUUCCAAGUUGCUUUUCAUCUAAAAUUGAUUUGCACUUUCUGAUUCCCGGAGUACUUGAAGAGAUCGAAGUGUCCCCUUGGAAUCCAACACGCGAAGAUCUCUGUAAAAUGAUUGAAUCGGAACAAUGUCAGUCAGCUAAAAUGGUGCAUAUUAGAAGUUGGACGGACGCUUCAGAAUUUCCAUUUGAUGUUUUAUACAAAUGUCCACGAUUCACUCUGCACCUCCACGGAAACUCUGCAGACGGUUUGAUAUCAGAAUUUCUCGAGAGACUCAUGAAAUAUGGUGAAGUACAGAAGUGCGUUCUCUGCAUUUCCAAAUCUCGUGCACCUCCGAGCCAAAUCUUUAAGUAUUUCAAUGAGCCAGAGGCUAUGGUUCCGAACUUCCCGUCGCGUCGUCGUUACCCGAUUCCUGAAACCAACGAUUUCUACGAACUCGAAUAUCGAGAGAAAGUCGAAUAUCGAGAGGAAUCCUAUAUUGGGUAUCGAGAGGAAGUCGAAUAUCGUGAGGAGAUCUUAGAAACCCACAAAAUGGCCGAAAUCACCGAGAGAGACCCGUUGGUUAUUCGUGGACGUAUUCUCAAAGAAUUCGGAAAAGUGCAGACUGAAAUCGCAACAAACCCGAAUGCUUGGAGAUCAGUGGCAUCUAGAGCUCACAAAAGAAUAUCCGAAGCUAUGGGAUAUGACUACGUGGAUUAUCCAGAAUUCGAAUUCUGGUUCUUGAGAUUUCUUCAAGGAAAUUUCGAUUGGGGUUAUGAUAGAACUUCCGAUCCGAAACCCCACUCGCUCACCGACUUGCCAUCAGACGUUUUCAAUAAAAUUAGUGGAAACUUGAAUCUAGAUGACAGAUUGCAACUCCGCGAUGUGUGCAAUGAUUUUCGAGCUCACGUCGAUAACUGGGAUCUCAAAGUGGACGAGAUUUACUAUAGAAACGGGAAUGAUUGGAGAGUCUGGGAGACAUACGGAUCCGGAUUUUUGGACAGCUUUGAACAAAAUGAAAACAAAUUCUGCCCUGAUUUCUAUCGAUAUCCAAUUUCUUUCGUGAUGAAUGUGCUGAAACACCCGAAACUCCAAUUGGAGAAAUUGACAAUAAGAAGAGAAGACAAAUACUGGAAGACAUUGAUUAAACGACUGGACGAAACAAAUCGGCAACUUCAUGUGAAGAACGUCGAAUUUGCACCUUAUUACCGUCCAUCUGAAAUCGAUUUGCAUUUUAUGAUUCCCGAAGUAAUUGAAGAGAUCAAACUGUAUCUCGUGAAUCCAAAACGCAAAGAAGUCAUUGAAAUUGUUGAAUCGGAGCAAUGCCAAAAAGCGAAAAUGGGGUAUAUUGAAAGUCCGACAGUCACUUCACAAUUUCCAUUGCAAGCUCACUGGGUAACAGCGAUGAACCUCGCGAAAGUGCGCUCUGUUGACACGAGAGCCGCGACGCCUCGAACGGAAUAA